GCGAGACUGAAACCGUAAAACAUGCUAACGUCUACUUUUCCUUAACGGUUAAACUCCUUGACCGGAAGUUAAAAACGAAAAGUUGGCCAUAACUUCGACGAGCUUGACGCUGGCCAAAACUUUUUGCCCUCCCCCUCUUCCACUCACUCCCUCCGUCCUUCCACUCAUCCAUCCAUCCGUACGUUGUUGUCGUUACAGCGGUGAUGGAGAAGCCGAGGGACCGCUACCGGCGCCGCUAAGCUAGCAACGACUCAGCCCGGCUAAUACACCGAGAGGAAGCAAAAUAGAGAGAGGGAGAAGGGAAGAAGAAGAAGAAAAAUAACGGAUAACGGACCGGAGGGAGAGGAUGGAAACGGUUGAGCAGCUCGUCUCUUUCCACCACAUUCAGGUCCAGUUGAGCGGGGGCGCGCCUUGGGGGUUCACGCUGAAAGGAGGACUGGAGCACGGCGAGCCGCUCAUCAUCACUAAAAUCGAGGAUGGAGGGAAGGCGGCCCACUGCAAGAAGCUGAAAGUCGGCGACGAGCUCAUUAACAUAAACGGAUCUGCCCUGUACGGCAGCAGACAGGAAGCCCUCAUCCUCAUCAAGGGAUCGUACAGGACGCUGAAGCUCACAGUCAGGAGGCGCAACGUUCCUCUCAUCAGGCCCCACUCCUGGCACCUGGCAAAGCUAUCGGAGCUGCCCCUCCCUCCCCCUCCUCCGUCUCCUCCUCCUCCUCCUCCUCCGCCCUGCCUCCCCUCCGCCGACUCCCCUCCACUCCCCCCUCCUCCGCCUCCGUCUGCCAUGCAGCUCCACCCCGGCCCCUACACACUACCCUGGCACACAACUGACAACAGUGACUUGUCCAUGCAGUGGGGUCAGCUUUCCAGACCUUACUCCUCCACUGACCGAAGCAGUUCCCUCGGCUCCAUGGAGAGCUUGGACACGCCGACACCCACCGCGCAGCCGUACUCCGACUCCCAUAAUUCACCCGUGGACCCCACCCUCUUCAACAACAAGAGAGACUCUGCCUACAGCUCCUUCUCCGCCAGCUCAAACACAUCCGACUACGCCACCGUGCCACUGAGGCCUGGUGAAGCCUGCUCCAUGGAUAACCUCCUCCAGAGCCUGGGGCCGGCUUGUCGAGGCUACCCGGGUGGCGACACCUCAGCCCUGGGGAGUUCAGCUGGCGAGGCCCCGGAUGAGGCGCAGCUGAUUGCGCACAAAUCCAGAUCGCUGACCAGGCCGAGGCCGAGGCCAGUCAAGGUAAAAGAGAGGCCUUCGUCCUGCUGUUACGAGGAGGAGCGGAGGGGAGGAGACUUUGAGAUCAUAAGAAAUGGAGAUGGAGGAGCGGGGAGAAAGAUGAACCCUCCUCAACCUCCAACCAGAAAGGACAGUUUUAGGGCAACCCGGAGUCGCCCCAAUGUCGCCAACAAACGUUGUGCUUCUGCUCCGAUCGAAAUUCCCAAUGUUUCUUCUUACUAUGACGAAAACAAGUCCUCUCCGAAUGUUGAAUCAGGAAUUCACAACGGCUUCUCUGCGCCAGAAGAAGGCGACAAAACAGGAACUUUCAAAGAGGAUACCUUGGACUCGCACUAUAGCCAAAGACAGACUAAAGACAUUAUACAUAUCAGAUGUGACGCAAGUGAUAAUCAAGACCACAAUUUAGAGACCACCUCAGAUUAUCCUUCUGACCAAGUGAUAGCCUCCUUAGUCCCCAUCACCUCCUCUCCUCCUGACUCCUUACCCGCAGAAUCCUCCCCGACCAAGCACCGGCACAGCGCUCCCGAGAAGCUCCUCGCCACACAGCUUCAGUUAUUGCAGUUUGACAGUGACGGCUCCUCGUUGGAGCCUUGCAACCAGUCAAACCCUUCGGAUUACAACCACGUCAAUGCCCCAUCAAACAAAUGGGGAGGCAGCCGGUGUUCGACCCCAGGAUCUGUGUUCUUGGAGGGGGACGGGGAAGAUGGGGAUUCAAAUGCGAGGCUGGAAGGGAUGGUUGUAAAUGGCGAGUCCCUCUCCCCAAUACAGCAUCUUCACCCGUGGGGCCGCUCUGUGAGCGUACCAGGAGACCCCAGUGGAUCAUCAACCCAGGGAAGGUUGAGCUCCGACCAGAUACUGGAGAAAGAUUUUGAGCCUCUUAGUGCUGCUGCCAGUAUGGAUACUUUACUGGAGGAGCAGAGAGCAGUGGACAGAGGAAGAGGUGAAGGGAAAAAAGAGGAGGAUGUAGAGGGAGAGGCAGCUAUGAAGAAGUCAAACUCGUCGAGGAACCAUCGGCGUAACCGUCGCCGCAGCGAGCGAUUUGCUACCAACUUGCGCAAUGAGAUCCAGAGGAAAAAGGCCCAGCUUCAGAGCAGCCGUGGCCCAGGGGGGUUGCUCUGUAGUGGGGAGACUGUCCAGGAGGAGGGUCCAGAUCUCCAUGAAGAGGAGACAGACCCAGGUGUGCCCGCCCAGGAAAGGAGUACCAAAGUUGCAUAUGCCUCAACUGUAAGCCCCCAAGAUCUCAGGACGACAGCACCAGUCGAGAAAUCAAACCCUUCCAGUGAAUCAAUCCAGGAUGCUUCGCCAACUCAGCCUCAGUCAACAACCUACACUCAAAACAACAACGUGUCCAGGUCUGUCCAGAUUCUGGACCCAGGCGUGCCCAGUUUUGGUGUCGGCAUCCGAGUCGUGGAAGAGCCAGCUCCUGCCGGCAAAGCCCGCCGCUGGCGUUGGACCCCCGAGCAUAAACUCCAGCCAGAACCAGAACCAGAACCAGACCGACGGUGUAGAGUCCUGGGUGAGAGGGUGUUGGGGGUAACAGGGUCCCGGCAUGGGGUUUGUGCUUUUACCUCCUCCUCCUACAGUCGCUCUUCUUCAUGUUCUCGGAUGGAAGAGACUGAUAUCCUUCCAUUUGCGGAUAGGAUGAAGUUCUUCGAGGAGACAAGCAAAGGCGUGUCUGGGUCAGAUGUUUUGAGUUUGUUCAGUCGUCGGCAGAAAAAACACCCCAAUCACUCUGAGCAGCAGGGAGGGGAGCUCGGUCUGCACCCAAACCAAAGGAGAUACUCCUACCAGGGGGGACUUCAGCAGCAGAGCUCCCUGACAAACACCAUGGAGACCAGGAGGCAGUCUGUGAGUACCAGCAGCAGGGAGAGGCAGAAAGAGAAGGAGAGGGAACAGGUGAGGGAGAGGGAGAAGAGGGCAAGGGAACGGGAGGAGAGGUUGAGAGAAUCGGAGAGGCAGCAGGAGAAGGAAAGGCAAGAGAGGGAAUUAGAAACCGAGAGGGCAAAGCUGAGGGAGAUUCAGCGGGAGAAGGAGCGAGAGGAGAGGGUGAAACAGUGGGAAAGGGAAAGCGAGAGGGAGCUUGAGCUGGAGAGAGAAAAAGAGAUGGAGAGGGCCAGAGAGAAGGAACGACUCAAGGCAGAAAGAGAGAAAGAGCUGGAGAGAGAAAGAGAAAAGGAAAGGGAAGAAGAAGCCCAGCUCGCCUCACAUCAUGAGUUUUACGGCAAUUCUGCCAUCAAAGAAAACCAUCAAGACAGCUUCCACAACUUCCAGCCCCAGCCUCAGGUGUUCUCCUACAGCCAAACCCAGAAUCAAGUCCCGGGAUCGGCUUUUUACCCGGUCAACAACACCUCUCAGCACCUGGGGAACCAUCCACCUCAGCACCAGGGAUACACAGCAAGGAGCUACACGCCUACAGAGACGUAUCCCGCCCGGCAACAGGAAACGACCAAGCUCAACAGGAAGUACAGCCUGACGGAGAGGGACUACCCAAGCUGGAGACGGGAGUCCAGACCACCAGAGAGUGUCAGUCAGCACCAGCAACCCCCCCACCAGAGCCGAUGGGGCAGCGGCGACCGCAACGGCCACGCGUUCGCUCCGCCGCCGGCUCCUCUUGCGCUCCGGGGGCGAGCCAUGUCCGAAAAUGACCUCCGCUUCGACAGCAGCCACCGCUGGUCGCCGUCGAUUUCCGUAGCGACCAGUCAGACCCUGAGCGAGGUGGAGGAGGGAGCGGGCGGGGUCAGGGGAGGAGAAGCAGCAAGCACUGCCAAGCAAAAUAGGAAGAAGACGCCGCCUCCCCCGAGACCGCCGCCCCCGAAGUGGGAGCAGUUCCACCGCAGGCGCGCAUCUCACCACACCCUGUUCCCCUCCUCUCCCUCCUCCACCUCCUCCUCCUCUUCAUCUACUGCUCCUCACGCCAUCCCGCCCUCCUUCGGCGCCGCAGACGGACACUAUCCGACUCACUCCUCCUCAUACAUCCCUCCUGCUGAUACGUCCAGGCAGAGGUCGUACAGUCUUCCCCCGGAGCGGCAGGAAGUGGCGGAGGGUUGCCCCCGCUGCAACUGCCACCAAACCCAAACCCAAACCCAAACCCAGGAACACCCCUUCCCCCACGCCCCGUCCAAUCAGGGCGAGGCUCAGUUUCAGGAGCCGUCCUUUACUGUUGCUCCACCCAGUCCUAUGUUCUCCAGACGGUCCUUCAGACCGGUGGCCCCACCCCAGAGAGAGAGGGAGGGGAACCCGAGGAGCUCGUACGGAGGACAGCAGGAGAGGGUGGAGUUUAUUUCAUCCUUACCGCCACCAACAGACACGAGCAGUUUCUCGGAGGUUUGCGUCGGCCACGGUCCAGACCAGGACCGGAUAACAGUGAAACCUCACAAGCAGCAGCACAACGUGAGACCUGGGGCCAAGUGGGAGAGAUCCUCAUCUCCCAGAGUUCAUAGUGACACAGCACUUCCUCCUGAACUACAAAACGGAGGUGUUGGUGGGGUUUUCCCUCCUGAGUCCUACUUCUCCAUGGACUAUGAGCAGCAGCAACAGCUCCGUAUGAGCAGAGGCUUCCAGACCGAAGAGCGGCAGAAGAUCCCAGAACCAGGAACCGAAUCCGAGACGACCCUCAGCCCGAGUCCCGUGCACAGCCUGGAGGCCGACCUGGACGUCCCGAUGGAGACUGACAUUGACGAUUUCCAGGAGGAGGAUCUCCCGGCAGAGGCCGAGCCGAUCACCAGCGAGCUCCCGUGCUUCGCGCUGCCGGUCACCGUCCUGGAGACGGACAUCGACACCUUACCGGAUUCUGAGGCCUCGCCGUCGCGCCGGACCAGGGCGGAGAGCGGCUCCCUGGAGGAGGAGCUGGAGACCGGGGAGAGCGGCAGAGAGAGGCUGAGCCUGGAGGAGCUGUUCCCCCAAAGCAGUGAAGGAGAGUCGGGCACGGAGAGCUGGAGAGGAGCCUACCAAACCAUGGAGCACAACACGGACAGCUUGGACAGGCGGUCUGGUGCGAGCUCCAGCUGUUCGUCCUACUACAGCACAUCUGCAGCCAAGGCUCAGCUCCUGUCGCAGAUGAAGGACUUCACCGAUAACAGAGAGAGGGACGACGACGAGCUCACGUACAAGAGACAGCUGAUGGAGAGCCUCCGCAAGAAGCUGGGCGUGCUGAGAGAAGCUCAGAGGGGGCUGCAGGAAGACAUCAGAGCCAACGCUCAGCUGGGGGAGGAGGUGGAGAGCAUGGUGGUGUCGGUGUGUAAGCCCAACGAGGUGGACAAGUUCCGCAUGUUCAUCGGCGACCUGGACAAGGUGGUCAGCCUGCUGCUGUCGCUGUCCGGGAGGCUGCUGAGAGUGGAGACCACGCUGGACACGCUGGACCCCGAGACGGAGCACCACGAGAGGCUCCCCCUGCUGGAGAAGAAGCGUCAGCUCAUGAGGCAGCUGUCGGAGGCCCAGGACCUGAAGGACCAUGUUGACCGCAGAGAGCAGGCCGUCAGCCGGGUGCUGGCCCGCUGCCUGUCCCCCGAACAGCACAGAGACUACAGUCACUUUGUGAAGAUGAAGGCCGCUCUGCUGGUGGAGCAGAGGCAGCUGGAGGACAAGAUCCGGCUGGGGGAGGAGCAGCUGAGGGGGCUGAGGGAGAGUCUGGGGCUGGGGCUGGGAAUGGGUAUGGGGAUGUCGAUGGGAUACGGACAUUAUUGACUUAAGAUAUGAAGAAGAAAGGUCCCGUUUACCGUGUUCUGAAUCAGUUUCACUGACCAACUUUUGAUGUGAUCCCACUCUCAUAUCUGAAGCUACAGCAAGCAGCUGAUUAGCUUAGCUUAGCACAAAGCAUGAAAACCAGGGGAAACAGCUAGCAUGGCUCAGUCCAAAAGCUAAGAAAAUCAGCCCAGGAGCGCCUAUAAAUGCUCAGUUUAACGUGUGUAUUUGCCAGACUCUUUGUUGGCUGGUCACAGUGACAUCCUGGAGUCCUUAUGCUAAGCUAAGCUAACCAUCUCCUGGCUUUAGCUUCAUAUUUAGCAUCCCCAAAAUGUCCAAAACAGUUCCUCUUUAGGAUUAGCAAAGAUAACGGAGACCAAAAGAAGCACAAGUCCAGCGCUGGACACUAAGAAGAAGAAGAAGAAGAAAGUUGAAUCCGAGCUCUAAUCUGAGGAGCAGAACAUGCUGUCUUCAUCAACUUGAGACUUGAGCAAUCAGAUAAAUCACCAGCUACAACAGAAACAUAUCGACGGCUCGUCUGCGGAGCUGUGAUCAGAGAGCAGAGAGGACGUUUGACGGACGGAGAAUGGCGACGAUCGGAUCGCGGAGAUCUUUGUUUGUGAGAAACCCCGAGUUAAAGACUGAAGCGAUGUUUCCACACUACACCUUUCACCCUUUGCUUCACAUUGUGUGCCUGAAACACGUACUGUAAAACUGUGCUCAUGCCUUACCACACACUAUGUUGCCAAAGACAUUUUCGCUUGAUGAAUGUGUCAGUAAGACGCUGCUUAUUUUUUUUUAAAUUUUUUUGUUGUUGUUGUUUUCUUUUGUAUUUAAAUCUCCUGAUUCAGAGAAUCGAAGGAGAGCUCUUUUUGUUUUUCUCGGUGCUUCACACUAAGAAAGAGUUUCCGUUAACAACACUAAAGUUUAACGACAUGCCGUUUGCAGCAUUAUUAACUGUCACUGGGAAGUUAGCUACAUGUAUAAAGUCUCUCGCUGACACCUGCAUUCAGAAACACAUAUACUGUAUUAUCUAGCAUCAUAUCACUUUGUAUUCCUUGUUACUGUAACGUCUACGGCUGUAACAUGUCUUACUGUGUGGAGUUUGACACUCCACCAACUCGUUAUACUGUCACGUAAUGAUUGUUAUGUACAGAAGACACUUGUGUUUAUAAUGUAUACGAUGUGUAUAUAAGGAGUUUUCCUUUUUGAAGUGACUGGAAUCGGUUGUAAAAGAUGAACGAAAAGACCGGGGAGAGUCGAAGUUUACUGUAUAUUUAGAUCGGGAAUGAAUCCUGAGGAGUUGCAGUUUUUUGUUUUUGAGCUUGUUCCAGUGUCCGGUGAAAUUUAAAAAAUGUUGUUUUGUUUUGUUUGUUUUUUUUAACAGUUUUUGCCCCGAACUCUGUCUGACAUUUAAAUCCUGAAGUUCAUAUUCACUGAAGACUGAUGUUUGAGUUGGACGAGAAGCUGGACAUCACGCUCAAUAUGAAGCUACAUCCGGCAGCUGGUUAGCUUAGCUUAGCAUAAAGAGUGGAAUCAGGGGGAAACAGCUAGCCUGGCUCUGUUUAAGGGUUAAAUCUAAAGCUCACUAAUUAACAUGAUAUAUUUCGCUUUAAAGCUGCAACUAAAAAUCAUUUUUGUUUUUGAUUAAUCUGCUGAUUAUUUUCUUAAUUUAUUCGAUUAAUCAUUUGCUCUUUAAAACAUCAGAAAAGAUAAAAUUGGAAAUACGUUUUCUUUACAUCAGCUCAUCUAUUAAUUGUUACAGCUCAAUCUUGUUUGUUUAAUCCAUUCAGAAACCAAAGUGUAAAAAUGACAGACAGGCUAGCUGUUUCCCUCUGUUUCCAGUCUUUAUGCUAAGCUAAGCUAACUGGCUGCUUCUCGUCCAACUCUCAGCAAGAUAGUGAAUAAAUUUUUAUCCCAAAGUGCCAAACUGUUCCUUUAAAACUUGAGUUAAAUAGUUUUUUGAAACUUGAUCAUUAACUUUACUGAAAAGGAAUUUAAACACAAGGGCAGAUUCCUGUCAUUCGGGUUAAUUAUCCACCAUCACACCCGUUCCAUUAAACUUUAAAUAACCGCUAUCUGCUCUUACCUCCCAUGACGUCUUGUGAUUUGUGACCUUGCCAAAGUCUCCCGAGCUUUAACCGCUAUCCUAAACCGUGGGGCCGGGACAGAGUUCAGCUCUGCCUGUCUGAGUAAAUCAAGUUUAAAAACACUGCAGCUCAACGAGUGAUGGGAGGGAUUUGGAAGAGGAAACGUGUAUAUUUUGGCUGUUGAAAGGUGAAGUUAAGUGAAAAAACAGACACCUUUUGUCAUUUUCUGCAUUAUCAGUGUCACUGGUUAACCGCUAUGUUCAGAAGCAACACAUCUCCCGCUUUGAAGUUCAUUAAAAGUUACAGUUUCACACUUGGUUUUUGUUCAUUCCCUCAGUUUGUUCGUGAGGUGAUUCCUGCUGUUCUAAUACCAAACGACCCUGAACAUGAGAUACCUGUUAAUUUUUGUUUUGUUUUGUACAUACUAUGUGUAUUCUUGUAUUAUAACAGCCGUUUUCUAAACCGACUGGAAACUUAUUGACUUGAGAGAGAGAAGAAGUUGCUUGUUGGACCAGUAACUGUAACUUUUUGUAACUGCAAAAACACUCAUGUGAGAAAAAAGUACCAUAAAUAAUAAUAAUAGUAUUUUAAACUA